ACCGAAUUUGCAAAGAUAGGUGAAAAAACACUCAACAAAACGGAUCGCAGGAGAAGAGCGAAGAGAGAGAAAAGAAAGAGAAGAGAAAGAAAAGAGAGAGAAGAAAGAGAAGAGAGAGAGAGAAGCGACCGCGAGAUGGCUCCCGACUGCCAGGACGUGGGUCGUGACAUGACCUCCGAUCACAUGACCUUCGGCGAUGGCGACAACCCCGCUUUCUUUAACCGUGUGCUCGCUCUGCCGGCACUCAAUGACGCCUGUAAUUUGGCCUUCACUGCCUACGUCACGGCCAAGGACAAGCACCAGUACGUGGGCGUCGUCCUGCGUACGGCCGAGAUGGGCGUGCGGGCGGCUGCCUCCACCGCCCUGCCUCUCGCGACGCCCAUAGUGGACCGCGUUGUGGGCUGGGAUACCGUGGACAAGUGGGCGUGCCGAGGACUGGACCGAGUGGAACAGGCCGCGCCCAUCAUUACCAAGCCGACCAAUGAGAUCGUCACCACGACGCGCCACCUUCUGCUGGGCGCCCUUGCAGGGGAACUCGCCGCCCCGCCGCCCACCCUCACUGCCGCCCUCACCACCCGCGCCACCCACACCGUCGACUGCGUAGCGGACACCAAGGGCGGACGCAAGGCAGUGGAUCUGGCAGUGUGCGUGGCUGACCGACUGCUCGACACGGGGCACUCGAUAAUCGACACCUACGCCCCAGCCGAGGAGGGGGACCUGCACGACACGGAUGAGCGCGACGGCGGAUUGGCUAACAAGGGAACCGCCCUGGCCAAUAGGGUUCGACGCCGGUUGGUCCGCUCAGCCAAUCGCAUGAUUUUGAACGAUCCUGAUGCCGAUGACCUGGAUGUUGUCUCCACCGUCCAGCGACUGAGUAGUGUCAUUAUGUCAUCUGAGAUGUGGGACCAAUAG